GUGUGUAAGCCAAUCACAUCUUUUCUUUAUAUUUUUGGCCUUGACCUCUCCACUCGUUUCUUAUCCCACUUUUUCAUAUCCUUCCCCUUUGCUCCUCACUUCUCGAUUAUAACCUUUUCUCUCUCAAUUUCUCCAUACACAAACAACAACAAAACCACAAAAUGGCCACUAAUUCAAUCAACACCAUUAACCCCGGCCACCGUGCAUUAAGGCGGCGCCACUCAAUGGAUUGCCCGCGUUCUUCUUCGUUCUUCCUCAGACCGGCGACCACCGCCACUAGAACCAUCACCGGCGGCGGCGCGGGGCUUUCCUACGGGACUUCCGGUAGUUUCGCGCUCCCGUCGGCGACGCCGGCCACCACGGCCUCCACUUCCCAACCGGCCAUCUCCUACGACCUCCUGGAGCAGCACCUCUCCGGCCAGAACUUCCGGCAGGCCGACGAGGAGACGCGCCGCCUCCUCAUUGCCCUGGCCGGCGACGCCGCCCUGAAGCGCGGCUACGUCUUCUUCUCCGAGGUCCAGUUCAUCCCCGCCGCCGACCUCCAGCUCAUCGACUCCCUGUGGCGGAAACACAGCAACGAGAAAUUCGGUUACAGCGUCCAAAAGAAAAUCUGGAAUAAAGUCGGCAAAGAUUUCACGAAGCUCUUCCUCAAAUUAGGGUGGAUGAAAAAGCUCGACACGGAAGUGGAACAGUACAAUUACCGGGCCUUCCCCGACGAAUUCACCUGGGAGAUCUCCGACGGCGCGCCGCCGGACGGUCACCUGCCGUUGACGAACGCUCUGAGAGGAACACAGCUGUUCACUAGUAUUCUCACCCACCCGGCUUUUGCGGGAGAAGAUGGAGAAGAUGAAGAAGAGGAGAUUAGUAGAGGGGAAGAGAAGGGGCGGGGGUUGAAGAAUAUAACAUCAUCGGCGUUUAAACCAGAUUAUAGCUUUUGAUGAAGAAUCUUAAUGCUUUGUUUGUUUGUUUAAGAUUUGAAUUUAGGUUGAAUUGAUGAUUUAUCGGAGCUCUGUACUUAGGAGUCAUCGAGAAGCCAUUAAACAAAAGGGGAAGUGUGAUUAUUAUUAAUUGAUGUUAAUUAAAGUAUGAUUUUUAUAAUGCUGAUUGUCUGCCA